CUCCCAUUUCACUUCAUGGAUUCUUCAAGAACCUUGCUAACUUUUAACUUCAAGAACCGUGCUCUAUAUAUACGUGUGUACCUGUGUCAUCGAUCAUCGCAUGGUUGAAGACACACAAUUGCAGCGCAAACUCCAAUAAUUCUCGACUAUUAACCAUCAUUGUCUGUUUCUAGUUCCCAAAUGAGGCUACACCAACUCAUCUUGUUCCUGUUGUUGCUCUUUGUUGCCAAAGCAAACGGUUCUCUACUACCAUUCGAUCCUCCCAGAGGCAUUCUGGCGGAGCUCUUGUCUGAUCGAUUCCCAGACCCGUUUCAUGUGCUGGAACAGAUUCCAUUCGGGGUUGAGAAAGAUGAACAAUCGACGGUGAUGCCAGCUGCUAGAGUGGACUGGAAGGAGACCCCAGAGGGGCAUGAAAUAAUGGUGGACGUGCCAGGGUUGAAGAGGGAAGAGAUAAAGAUAGAAGUGGAAGAGAACAGGGUGCUGAGAGUGAGUGGCGAAAGGAAGAGAGAAGAGGAGAAGAAAGGGGAUCACUGGCACAGAGUGGAGAGGUCCUAUGGCAAGUUCUGGAGGCAGUUCAGGUUGCCACAAAAUGUGGACUUGGACAGUGUGAAGGCCAAGCUGGAGAAUGGGGUCCUCACUUUGACUCUCAACAAGUUGUCACCAGAAAAGAUCAAAGGUCCCAGGGUUGUCACCAUUGCAGGGGAGGAUCAGGAGCCACCCAAGCUCACCAAAGAUGGGGCCAAGCAGGAACUUUGAAUCAUCAUCUCAGUUCUUCUGUGUUUCACUGUCUCUGAUCAUAACAAGAAAAAAUUGGUUUCUGUGUCUGUGUUUACUUUUGUGAAUAAAAGGUUUCCACCACCACCUUUGGUGGAAUGUGUUACUUUUUCAUCUUUGCUGAUGAUCAUAUAAAGACUUCUCCUAUUGUAUAUCUAUGAUAUCUUCUACUUUUUUCUUUCU